UCAGAGACGGCAGCAUGUCUGGCAGAGGCAAGGGCGGGAAGGGGCUCGGCAAGGGCGGUGCCAAGCGCCACCGCAAGGUGCUGCGCGACAACAUCCAGGGCAUCACCAAGCCGGCCAUCCGCCGCCUGGCUCGGCGCGGCGGCGUCAAGCGCAUCUCGGGGCUCAUCUACGAGGAGACGCGCGGCGUGCUGAAGGUCUUCCUGGAGAACGUCAUCCGCGACGCCGUCACCUACACCGAGCACGCCAAGAGGAAGACCGUCACGGCCAUGGACGUGGUCUACGCCCUCAAGCGCCAGGGACGCACCCUCUACGUGCUGCUGCGGCUGCGGGCAGCUCCCAGUGUUCGAUUGGUAGCUAUGGCGCGCACGAAGCAGACGGCGCGGAAGUCGACGGGCGGGAAGGCGCCCCGCAAGCAGCUGGCCACCAAGGCGGCCCGCAAGAGCGCGCCGGCCACGGGCGGCGUCAAGAAGCCGCACCGCUACCGGCCCGGCACGGUGGCGCUGCGCGAGAUCCGCCGCUACCAGAAGUCCACCGAGCUGCUGAUCCGCAAGCUGCCCUUCCAGCGCCUGGUGCGCGAGAUCGCGCAGGACUUCAAGACCGACCUGCGCUUCCAGAGCUCGGCCGUCAUGGCGCUGCAGGAGGCCAGCGAGGCUUACCUGGUGGGGCUCUUCGAGGACACCAACCUGUGCGCCAUCCACGCCAAGCGCGUCACCAUCAUGCCCAAGGACAUUCAGCUCGCCCGCCGCAUCCGCGGAGAGCGUGCUUAAGACUCAACAGAACAAUACUGUUAGUUUUAAAAAAUAUUCUGACCAACACAAAGGCUCUUUUAAGAGCCACCACAUACACUAUAAAAAGGGCUGUGACACUGCGAUAA